CUGGCUCAGCUGUCAUCUAGAUGAAAGAGGAGAAACCAUUUACACCGGCCGUCUGGGAAAUGCAGAAAAGGGAAAAACGCUGAAAUAUGGCGACAUCAAAACGAUAAGGUCAUGACGCCGAACUGAAGCAUAAAGACGUCGGUGAAAGCCAAAAGUCAAGUGAAGAUUUACUGGGUGUCCUAAAUGGGGGACUACGGGUUUGGAGUUCUGGUGAAGAACAGCAGUGGCAACAAGUCUGCUUUCCCUGUAAGGAUCCCUCCUCACCUCCAACCCCAGCACCCACACCAUACCACCAACCCCCCCAGCCCCCCCUCCUUUGUAAACAACACCUGCUCCACCAAUGGGGGCAGUGCUUGGCUGUUCCCUGCCGUAGCCCAACACAGUAACAUGCAAGAUGAGAUCCUGGAGUCGGAGAAGUCGAAGGCUUUAGAACUCCAGGACAUGCAGGAGAAGUCUCAGGUCCAGGCCCAGCCUCAGGCCCUCUCUCCAGGCCAGCAGGAGGCCGGCACAACCUUGGGGGAGCUUGAGGGAGCUCUGCCUGAAGACAACUUAAUGGAGAAAGGUUCUUUGGAGAGCAGUGGAGGGAAGGAGAAGCUAAGGAUGGAGUCUCCAGUGCUUAGUGGAUUUGACUACCAGGACACCCUGGGGAUGGGCACAGGCUGCACACAGUCCACUUCCUCCUCACUGACGAGCUUCAACAACUGGUCCCCUGCUGUUCCAUCCACCCAUUCUCCAGGGGUUGGUGAUGACGUUGGGGGCUUUUUUGGUCCUGCUGGCUCUAACGGCAACGCACCACCUUUGCUGUUCCAGAGCUUCUCUCACCACACUGGGCCUGGCUUUGGCGCAGGAGGAAACUUCACUCCUCAAAUCGGACCGGUCGCACAGCACCACCCUCCCACCCCUCACCCUCAGCCCUAUCACCCUCACGGCCAGGGGGUGCCACCGCAACACCGGCGCUCCCCAGCUAGCCCUCACCCACCUCAGCCCUCCUUCCCUCCACACGCUCAUCGCACAGGAGCCUUCCCCCAACUGCCCCACCUCACACCUGCCCAGAGCAAACACCCUUCACCCUGGGGAAGCUACCAGAGCCCCUCCACACCCACAUCAACCACCUGGAGCCCUGGGGGAUAUGGAGGCUGGGGGGGCACACAUGGUGUUAGGGAGUACCGUCGUGGGGUAGGUGGAGGAAUGACUGGCCUUAACUCCAUCUCUCCACUGAAGAAGUCCUUCCCCAACAAUCAGGUUCCUUCCCAGAAGUUUCCCCGAAAUAGCUCUGGAUUCAAUCACAAGGGCUGGGUGGAGGACGCAGUGAGCCGCAGUGAUAGUGUGUACCCUUUCCAGCAGGAGAGAACCCGCUCCUUUGAUGGUUUUAACAUGCACUCUCUGGAGAACUCCCUGAUUGACAUUAUGAGGGCUGAACAGGAUUCCUUGAAAGGACGCUUCAACUUCUCUCACCAGGGUGGAGACGGGCCUCUGCCUAUGAAUGCGAGAAGUUAUGGCAGAAGACGAGGUCAUUCCUCUCUGUUCCCCAUGGAGGAUGAACGCACUUUCGGGGAUGAUGAGACCACAGACCAGGGCCUUGGUGGGCUUGGCUCAGCACACUGUUUCCCCCACCUCAAUGGAGAACGCAUAGAGCGUUAUUCUCGCAAAGUGUUUGUUGGAGGCCUGCCCCCAGACAUUGACGAAGAUGAAAUCACUGCCAGUUUUCGUCGUUUUGGUCACUUGUUUGUAGACUGGCCUCAUAAGGCAGAGAGCAAAUCUUACUUCCCUCCAAAAGGAUACGCCUUCCUGCUCUUUCAAGAUGAGAGCUCUGUUCAGGCGCUGAUUGAUGCCUGCAUUCAAGAGGAUGGCAAGCUGUACCUGUGUGUCUCCAGCCCCACCAUCAAAGACAAGCCUGUCCAAAUUCGACCCUGGAACCUUAAUGACAGUGAUUUUGUCAUGGACGGCUCCCAGCCUCUGGAUCCCAGGAAGACCAUCUUUGUAGGAGGUGUCCCUCGCCCCCUACGUGCAGCGGAGCUGGCCAUGAUCAUGGACCGUCUCUAUGGCGGAGUGUGUUACGCUGGCAUUGACACAGACCCUGAACUGAAAUAUCCAAAGGGAGCGGGGCGUGUGGCUUUCUCUAAUCAGCAAAGCUAUAUUGCAGCCAUCAGUGCCCGAUUUGUUCAACUGCAGCAUGGGGAGAUUGAUAAACGGGUGGAAGUGAAGCCAUACGUAUUGGACGACCAGCUGUGUGACGAGUGCCAGGGAACCCGUUGCGGGGGGAAGUUCGCUCCUUUCUUCUGCGCCAACGUGACCUGUCUGCAGUACUACUGCGAAUACUGCUGGGCAGCCAUUCAUUCCCGGGCCGGCCGUGAGUUCCACAAGCCCCUGGUGAAGGAAGGUGGCGACCGACCACGGCACAUCUCCUUCCGCUGGAACUAAAGGCAAGGGAUAAACCUAGGAAUGGGGCGGGAUGGAGGGAAAGGGAUAUGGGGGUGACCUAUGAUAUGAAUAUAAAUGCACUUUUCUUUUAAGUUAAAAAAAAACAACUUAAUUUAUAUAUUUUUUUUAAAUUGGGCCCUCUAAACAUAGCAACUGCUAAGAAGAGUAUGAAAUCCAUUUCUGUUUUGACUUAAAGUGUGCAUGAACAUAUGAAUGCAUUAUAUUUGGAUUUUGAUGUUUUCUUACUUGACUGUCAUUUUGUUUGGUGUUAGCUGGCAAAGCUGCUUACAUUUGUUGUCAAGGGUAACAAAUUUGAAUUGAGGUUCAUCAUACCUAAAUCAGUAUACAGGCUGCGGAAGCUGCAUUGAAGAGGGUGCGUUUUCUUUUUGCUUGCAAGUUUCGAGAACAAAUACCAUUUACCAAAGUUUGAGUGAUAUUUGGUUGGGUUUGAACAGAAGAGGAAUGUUGUUUUUAGAUGGCGAGUUGAUUUUGUUUCAAGCAGCUCAGUGUUUGGAAACUGGCCAACGUCACACAUCAGUCUCCCCUCAAGUCUGGCAAAGCUGUGUUUGAACCGCUUGCAAUGGUUUUAGGUCUUGGUUUAAAAGUAGACGCUUUGUAACCAGAAAGGGCAAACCAAAGAUUGGCCUAAAACGCAUCAUCAAGAGCAGAUGUCAAUCUGGGGGUUGUCGUCAGGAUACGGUGGUGUCCUCUGGUGGCACAAGGACUAGUCAGGAGUUUCAGCUCAUAAUGGCCCCAGCCCCUCAGGGCUCAGGUAUUGGCAGUAGUAUUUGCUCGCUUUAUAUUGUCAGGGAUAUUAGCACUGGAAGCUAACAUGCUAAUGUAGUACAAACUAAUGGGAAUGCACAGUCCAUUCUCCCUGAGCUGUCCUCAUGGUGUACCACUGCACGCUCUACUUGGUUUGGAGCUUCUAUCACAAGUGUUGUGGUUGGAUAUGGUCGUAGCUAGAAUUUGCUGUCACAGAGAUAAAGAUAUUAUUUUAUACAUGGCCUGCUGAUUUUUGUACAGUGUUUUAUAGCUGAUUAUUUUGUCAUGGACAUAUAUACAUUUAUUAUGCACUACUUUUCUAAAUAUUUUUUUCAAUAGUCAUUUUAGGCACAUUUUUCACAGAUGGGAGAACUCCUUUUGCAAUACCUCAUUUUUUUCACUUGGUGAAAAAUAAUUUUGUACCUUUGUUACUAAGAUAUCUGCAUUUAUGGUAAACUUAAUUUAAAAAAAGAGAGAAAAUGAAUGAUAUUAAUAUAAUUUUCAAUUAGCUUUUAUAUAUUUAAGUGCUGGUAAAUCUGAAAAUUGUCUGGUAUAUUGGUGUGAUUCUGGAGCUUAAAAAAAUAGGCUAGCAUUAGCCAGUCGUACAUAUGAUUCUCCUCUGCCCAUUUAACAUAAUUACAGAAUCCUAAGGCAUGGCGCAAGACCCUUUCUAAAAGAUUUUGAUAGUCUUGAAAAUAUAUAUAUAUAUAUAUUCUGGUAUAUCACUCUUAGGUGUAGUUGAGUAGAAUAAAUGUUUUGGCUUUGGUCAACAUGUAAUCAUCCUUCCUAUCACCUGAGUGGAUAUCAGCUCUUUGAAUAUUUAGAUCCUCUUUCUGGAACUGCCUGUAAGUUCUACUUCUUCUAAGUCUUCUUGGCAUGCAUAAUUAUGUACUACAGAAAUAAAAUGGCUAGUGUUAAUGCCGGACCUAAUGAUGUAACGCACUAGAUCUCCUUACUUUUCAUUGUCUCCUUGGAGAUCACCUCUCUUGUAGCCUCUCUUGACAUGACACAGACAUCAUGUUUAUGCAAUCUACACCAUGACAACACUUUUGUAAUGUAGAGGACACUCGCUACGACGCAGGUGAGAAGACUUGAUCACUUGACCCCCUUUUGUGAUGUGGCAUGCUUUGGGACAUAACCUGAAUGUGAUUUAAUGUUGCAAGUUAACUGUGAGCCAUUAUGUGCAAUACUUAUUAUUUCCAGAGACAAGUCUUCGCAGUAAAAGUCAUUGAAUUCAUAAAUCAUGCAGUCACGUUUGUGUUUUCCUUUUUUUGUUUUUCAUGCUGAUGUCUGCAAGUAAAAAAAACCAACAAAAAAAACAACUAAUUUAUACAUGAAUUUAUUUUUAAACAUUUAGUUUUGUGCUUACUUAUUUUGCUACUACCAUGUAACUGUGAUUGAAAACAUUGUAUAUACAAGGUUGAUAAUGUACUUAGCAUUUGCUAUAUUUUCAAUUGAAAUGUAUAACUAUGAUUUGGAUCAGAUUUUUGUUAUAUUUUUGGGGUGAUGUGUUUAACUUGUUGAUGUGUCUAGUUUUUCUAAUUGCUGUUUUGUGCUCUGCAUUUUCAGAUGAGAAAGAAUAUUAAUAUGUCUCUUAGUAUUACUUGAUUGCAAAAUUUCAAUAGUUUUUAAUUGUAUGCUGGGAAGGUUAUAUUUAUUGAGUUUUUUUUGUUUUUGUUUGUUUUUUUACCAGAUAUCAUUUGGAUUUUUAUUAAGUAAUUUCACAUUUAUACGUAAGUUCUAAUUUUUAUAUUUUUCCUCCUGAUUAUUUUAUGCUACAAUACAGACAUCAGUUUUUAUAGCUGGUUUGUAGAAGUGAAGUAAAAACAACAAAAGAUUUAACGUCAUAUUCAUUUGCUGCCAACCUUGUUUGUAACUGUAUGCAUACAUUGAAGUAUUUGUAAUGUGAGAUGUUGAACGAAUAAAACAGCUGUGAGGAAGAAGGAACUGCCUGCUGAUUUCAGUACUGUGGUGUAAUACUGGAUAUCUGCCACUUUCACAACUCGAUAUACUAGUGCAACCAUAUUUGGGUUUUCCAAAAAGAGGAUGCAUACUUAAAAAACAUUACACAUGAUAAUUGUCUUCAUCAGCCCUAUU